AUGGCCCCUCUCUCCAUCCUCACGGAGGCAGCUGGCAUUGUCAAUGCCGGUGAAAUGCUCGCCAUUAUGGGUCCUAGCGGAUCAGGCAAGACAACGCUUCUCAAUGCGCUCGCCCAUAGAGUUGCCGCAGCUGGAGCUAUUACCACUGGCGACAUAUCUGCCAACGGCCAGAAAUUGACCCUUCAACUGGUCCGUGAUCUAUCGGGUUACGUGGAGCAGGGGGACGCUCUGAUCGGCAGUCUCACUGAGGCCUUCCGACGGGUCGACGAUUUGAUCAACAGCUUUGGCCUCGGGUCCCAGGCGAAUACGAUUGUUGGAACACCCAUUAAAAAGGGAUUGAGUGGAGGACAAAAGAAGCGACUGGGAGUUUCGAGCCGUUUGGUCACAAACCCCAAAAUUAUUUUCUUGGAUGAACCAACAAGUGGUCUGGACUCUGCUCUGAGUCUAGAGGUCUGCAGCUGCAUCAAAAGCAGUGGACGACGCAACAAUCUCGUGAUGAUUGCAUCCACCCACCAACCUUCUUCGACAACGUUUCAGCAAUUCGAUAAGCUCUGCCUUCUAUCCGGCGGCAAGACUUGCUACUUUGGUUCCGUCGCAGAGGCAGCUGCGUACUUUGGGCGCAUCGGUCACCCCAUCCCUGCCGAGACAAACUCAGCUGAAUUUUUCCUGGAUCUGAUCAAGACUGAUUUGGAUAAGAAUGGUGAAAUCAAACAGCGCACUGAGCACGUCUGUGAGAUGUGA